AUGCCUAUCUCACCUCCACUCAGCUCUGGCUGGGGCUAUGGAAUCGUUCUUGGUUUGGGUGCUCUAUUCGCAUUUGGCAUGAUCCUUGUGACAUGGAUUCUCAAACGAUAUAACCACGAAUUACAAACAUCGGAGAUGUUUAGUACAGCUGGAAGAACAGUAAAGUCGGGAUUGGUGGCAUCUGCGGUUGUAUCUUCAUGGACCUGGGCUGCUACAUUACUGCAAAGUUCUGGUGUCGCAUAUAAAUAUGGUGUUUCUGGACCUUUUUGGUAUGCAUCUGGAGCUACGGUUCAGAUUUUGUUGUUCGCGACUAUUGCCAUUGAGUUGAAGAGGAGAGCACCAAAUGCUCAUACUUUCCUUGAAGUCAUUAAAGCUAGAUAUGGGGUACAUGCUCAUAUCGUAUUUACGGUCUUUGGCUUAAUGACCAAUAUCCUUGUCACUGCAAUGCUUUUGACAGGUGGUGCUGCUGUGGUAUCCUCCUUAACAGGAAUGCCUACCCCUGCUGCUUGUUUCCUCCUACCAUUGGGUGUAGUUAUGUAUACCAUGUUCGGUGGUAUUAAAGCUACUUUCCUCACUGAUUGGGUUCAUACCUUUAUGCUCUUAAUCAUCAUCCUAAUUUUCGCAUUCACCACUUACGCUACAAGUGAAGUGCUCGGAUCGCCCAAAGCAGUAUUCGAUCUUUUACUCAAAGCAGCGGCCGAUCAUCCAGUCGAAGGCAAUUCCGGUGGUAGUUAUCUCACUAUGAAAUCUUCAGAAGGUGCCAUCUUCUUCGUCAUCAAUAUCGUUGGAAAUUUUGGAACUGUGUUCUUGGAUAAUGGAUACUAUAACAAGGCAAUUGCUGCAUCCCCAGUACAUGCGCUUCCAGGUUAUAUCAUGGGUGGAAUCUCUUGGUUUGCCAUUCCAUGGCUGUGUGCUACAACUAUGGGUCUAGCAGCCAUUGCUCUAGAAGGCAACCCAGUCUUUCCUACCUAUCCUAAUCGUAUGGAUCCCGCCGAUGUUUCAGCAGGUCUUGUACUUCCAUAUGCCGCCGUUGCCAUUCUCGGAAGUGGUGGUGCCGUCUGCACGCUUCUGAUUGUCUUCAUGGCCGUUACAUCAGCAUCAUCUGCCGAACUCAUCGCUGUCUCUUCCAUCUUCACAUAUGAUAUCUAUCAAACAUAUUUCAACCCAAAAGCAAGUGGAAAGAGAUUGAUUUACAUGAGUCAUGCUAUGGUCAUUGGCUUUGGUUUGUUCAUGGCUGCUUUUUCAACUGGUUUAUACUAUGCUGGUAUUUCCAUGGGUUAUCUCUACCUCAUGAUGGGUGUAAUCAUCUCCUCUGCUGUCAUUCCCGCGACUCUAACAAUCAUGUGGGCUGGCCACAAUCGUUGGGCUGCCGCACUUACCCCUCCUCUCGGUCUCAUCUGCGCUGUUAUCGCAUGGCUCGUUACUGCUAAGAAAGAAUGUGGCUCCCUCGACGUCGAUUGCACUGGUUCUAACAACCCCAUGUUAGCAGGGAAUGUCACAGCUCUUCUCUCACCUCUCAUUUUCACCCCACUCUUCACCUUAAUUUUCGGCUGGGAUAAAUACGACUGGAAAUCCAUGGCCGCUAUCCGCAGAGGCGAUGACCACGAUUUAGCCGAUGCAGCCGAUGUAGAUCUCGAACUCGUACCAGGGGAAACGCGCGCCUCGGCCGCAGAAGAAGCACUCGAACAAACUAAACUUCUCCGCGCUUCAAAAAUCGCAAAGGGUAUGACUGUCAUUCUGACUCUCGCGUUGUUGAUUUUAUGGCCCAUGCCCAUGUACGGCAGUGGCUACAUCUUCUCCGAGAAAUUCUUUACUGGCUGGGUUGUCGUAGGUAUUAUUUGGUUGAUAGGUAGUACAUUGACGGUGGGUGUUUAUCCCGUAUUCGAGGGAAGACAUUCAUUGGCGAGGACGGCAAAGUCAAUUUAUUUGGAUAUUACUGGAAAACAACAUCCAAGUAAACAUCAUAGACCAGAAGCUAGGUAUGUAGAGGGAGUCAAGGAUGAUGGGACUGAGACGCCGCCAGUCGGAGGCAGCGAAAAGGAAAUCGCGGAAAAGAGUGAGGCUACGGUUCAGUAG